UGACGUGUCAGAGGCCUCACCGGCAGCAGGAGAGUAUAAAAGGACGUGUAGGUGUAUGUAGGGCUAUGAUGCGCAAACGUUCACAGGCCUGCAGCCAUGGGAAAGAUUGUCUUCUACGAGGGCCGCAACUUCCAGGGCCGCCACUGGGAGUGCAGCAGUGACUGCAUGGACACUUUUAGGCACUUCAACUUCUGCAACUCCAUCCGGGUCAACGGCGGUCACUGGGUGGCCUACCAGAGGCCCAACUACAUGGGGUAUCAGUACAUUCUGGGGCCCGGCGAGUACCCCGACUACCACAGCUGGAUGGGCUUCAACAACUGCAUCCGCUCCUGCCAGAUGUUCCCCCCUUAUAGAGGAUCCUACAGGAUGAGGAUUUUCAACAGGCCUGACAUGAUGGGACAAAUGAUGGAGUUCUCAGACGACUGCCCCAACGUGUACGAGCGCUUCCGCUACCGUGACAUCUACUCCUGCAACGUCAUGGAGGGCUACUGGAUCUUCUACGAGCACCCCAACUACAGGGGCCGCCAGUACUUCAUGAGGCCCGGAGAGUACAGGAGCUGCGGCGACUGGGGCUGCCACAACCCCAUGGUGGGCUCCUUCAGAAGGAUGAGGACUCACAUGUAAAAUCACCUGAACUUAAAUGUGCAUUAAACAAUAUGUUUUGAAAAAAUA